AUGUUGCGAUUUACAACAGCACUUAUUGGCUUCCGAAACGCCCUGCUUCAUAACCUGGCAGUGUUCUAUUUCAUCUACUCCUGCUUCCCGAUUCCCGAGUUUUUAUUCGGGGUUUACUACUUUUGGCUUUGCAGCCCCUUUAUUUUCGGCGUCCCACCCUUUACUUCUAACAUCUCAGGUCACGGCCUAAGGCCACAAAAAGACACAGAAGCACUCUUUUCCAUCAUGGAAAAAAAGUUGCCGAAGAGGGGAGCCCAAAAAUCCUGUUGGGGAUGUGCGAGUUGUAAAAAGAGACGAGUUAAGUGCAAUAAUGAGCAGAAGCCCGCGUGCGCAACCUGUCGCAUCCGGAAUCUCCACUGUGUCUAUCCAUCAAGUGAAACAGUAGUGGCCGAAGCACGUAACGCCACACCCAGAGAACGGAGUCUUCUUCAGCAUGCAGUCUUAUCUUCCAAUUCCCAAGACCAAACAGCGCCAAUAUCCUCAUCCUACUCGGUAGUUUGGCAAGCGCUGGCCUGGAUGACGGCGUCCCGCGCGUCCUCAGGAAUCUCAAGCCCUUCUCCAUUGACUUCCUCAAGCAUACCUACAUCAAACAGAUUCCUAGAACUAGAGCUUCUUCACCGCUGGUCGACACGGACAUGGCAAGCCAUCUCACCUCUCCCGGCUGCGAUACUGUUCUAUUACGCGGCAACAGCUAGCUAUCUCCUCAACAGCCUUUUCGCCCUCAGCGCCAUCGACCUAGCGAAGAAUGGACAUGACCCCAGCAAUAAGUCCACAACAUUAACGAGAGACAGAUACCGAUACAAGCUCACUGCGCUCGAGUACGCGAACAGAGACGACGUCGCAUUCCGCGAGGUAUCCGCGCUCGAAACCCUAGGCAUAUCCAUGGCUCUAUACGUAGGCUCGUCCCACGUCGGCCGUUCAAAUCUCGACUGGCCUAGUUGGUCCACUUGCUCGCUGACUCGUAUCGUGAAACACUUUCUCCCCCCGAUCCCUCCUGAGCUAGCCAUUGAAGGCCUACUGUCCCUUGUCAAACGUGUGCACGUGCCAGUGAGACUGCCUGAAGAGUCGCUCCGGGGCACUACUGUUAGACAUGCCUACAAACUCGCCUCCGACCAGGUAAAGUACACAUUCAUGAGCGUCGCAAAUAAUACGCCGUUCAAGGCUCUGUUCUUCACAAUCCUCGCCGUCGGGGGCCGGGAGCUGACUGCGGCAUUUCAGGAGCGCGAGCCCCUGGCGCUGUUCAUCAUGAUUUUCUGGGCUGUGCUAAUUCACCUGUCUGCUAGAAGCAAUGUUCUGUGGCGGGUUGGGAAUAUUGGGUAG